CAAUACAAUUUCAUAAUAGUUGUUUCUGUUUAAUAAAUUUAAAUUUAAUUAUUUUGGUUGCGUGUCAAAUAUGAUCAUGUGGCUUUGCUGUUUCUGCGAUAAUUUCCUUUCGUUGUACUAUUAAUCGUCAACAAAUAUCAAUAUAUACGAGGGCUGUGACGUGUUGUCCUCGCUUCCAGAUCCUUCUUUUAAUUCUCUGAAUUUUAUUAUUUGCCUAACAAUCUCUUUCGAGCCUCACCUACCACAACUUCAGUUAUGCUUUAGCUGUUCAUAAAACUCUCCAGAAAAAUUAUUGUUGUAUCCGCUGCUGUGUAUCUUCUUUCAUUAUUCUUUUGCCAAGCUUUCUCGUUUGUGGGUUUUGUUCAAUUGUUCGUUGCCCUCGAUUGCUUGCACUGUGAAACUUUUAGUAGAUCCAACUUCUUCAAUGUAAGCUUCCGAAUAGGUUAAAAAGUAAGCUUUGAGAGGUUGGGAAGGAGAAUGGGUUUUCGCAAAUUCAGCGCCAAACGUCAGUGUUUACUAUGGGUGCUCCAACUCGCCGUCUCUACUCUUCUGUUCUUAGCAGUUAGUUCACUUGGAUCACCUAUUGAAACUCGCAAAAGUGGUAGAUCAUCUGUAUUCUCACUAUUUAACCUCAAAGAAAAGAGUCGAUUUUGGAGUGAGGAUGUUAUACACAAUGAUUUUGAUGAUUUAAAGUUUUCAAGCCAUGGCAAACUAAGUGCAUUCAAUUAUACCAAUGCAGGUAACAUUGCUAACUAUCUAAAGCUUCAGGAAGUUGAUUCCAUCCACCUUCCCAUUCCUAUGAAUUUUAUAUUUAUAGGAUUUGAAGGGAAGGGCAGCCAUGAAUUCAAGCUUCUUCCAGAAGAAAUUGAGCGUUGGUUUACCAAAAUUGAUCACAUCUUUGAACACACUCGGAUUCGACAUGAAGAAGUUCUUAUUCCAUUUUACAAAACCCGUAUGGAUAAAAUGCGAUGGCACCACCUUCCUGUUGUCAGUCACAUAAAUUACAACUUUUCUGUUCAUGCUAUUGAAAUGGGGGAGAAGGUUACUUCCAUAAUUGAGCAUGCCAUAAAUGUGUUUGGCCACAAGGAUGAUCCGGUUGGCAGCUGGGACAACAACGUUGGUGGUUGGCAAGUAGAUGUGGACUUGAUAGAUGGUCUUUUGUCCAGCCUUGUUGAAUACCUUCAACUUGAAAAUGCAUAUAAUAUUUUUAUUUUAAAUCCCAAGCAUGAUGAGAGGAAACCUAAAUAUGGGUAUAGGAGAGGUUUAUCUGAGCCCGAAAUAAACUUGCUAAAGGAGAACAAGAGUUUGCAAAUGAAGCUUCUUCAAGCAGAAGGCAUUCCUGAAAAUAUUCUCGCUCUUACUAAGAUACAGCGACCGUUGUAUGUAAAGCAUCCAAUGAUGAAAUUUUCAUGGACAAGAACUGAGGACAGUGAUAUUAUGGAAUGGUAUAAUAUUUGGCUUGAUGCACUAAAUAAUUUUGGGAGGUUGUAUCAAGGGAGAGAUGCAUCUGAGAUAAUUGAGAUCAAAGCUUUAAAGUUACUAAAAGGGAAGGAUCAAGACCUAAAGCUACAUCUGGAAAAAGUAUUAAAGUCUGGAGACUACAGUGGUUUUCAAGCAGAAUGUCUCACAGACACAUGGAUUGGAAAGGACAGAUGGGCAUUUAUUGAUUUAAGUGCAGGUCCCUUCUCAUGGGGACCUGCUGUUGGUGGAGAAGGUGUUCGUACAGAAGCAAGUUUACCAAGUGUUGAAAAGACGAUUGGUUCAGCUUCAGAAAUUUCUGAACAAGAAGCUGAAGAUCGACUGCAAGAUGCUAUUCAGGAGAAAUUUGCUGUAUUUGGUGAUAAAGAACACCAGGCCAUUGAUAUUCUUUUAGCUGAGAUUGAUAUAUAUGAGCUUUUUGCUUUUAAACAUUGCAAGGGAAGGAAAGUCAAGCUUGCUCUUUGUGAAGAACUUGAUGAGAGGAUGCGGGAUUUGAGAAAUGAGCUGCAGUCAUUUGAAGGUGAAGAAUAUGAUGAAAGUCACAAGAAAAAGGCCUUAGAAGCUUUGAAACGGAUGGAGGGCUGGAAUCUAUUCAGUGACACAUAUGAGGAGUUCCAAAAUUACACAGUUGCACGUGAUUCUUUUCUUGCACAUCUAGGUGCAACACUGUGGGGAUCUAUGAGACAUAUCGUGUCACCUUCGAUUGCUGAUGGUGCCUUCCAUUAUUAUGAGAAGAUAUCCUUUCAGUUGUUUUUCAUGACUCAGGAGAAAGUUAGGCACAUUAAACAGCUUCCUGUGGAUAUGAAGGCUAUAAUGGAUGGGCUUUCCUCAUUGAUGGUUCCUUCUCAGAAAUCAAUGUUCAGUCCACACCUGUUGCCUCUGUCGGAGGAUCCUGCCCUAGCAAUGGCCUUUGCAGUUGCACGACGAGCAGCUGCUGUGCCAUUACUGCUUGUCAAUGGAACCUACCGAAAGACAGUUCGUACGUAUCUUGAUUCUUCUAUUCUGCAGUAUCAAUUGCAAAGGCUGAAUAAGCAUGGUUCUCUUAAAGGUAGGCAUGCGCAUUCCAGGUCUGUGCUAGAGGUUCCAGUCUUUUGGUUCAUUUACAAUGAACCGCUUUUACUAGACAAAUAUUUUCAGGCAAAAGCACUGUCUGACAUGAUUAUUGUCGUUCAGUCAGAGCCCUCUUCCUGGGAAAGCCAUCUACAUUGUAAUGGGCAUUCACUUCUACUGAACUUGAGGCAGCCUAUAAAAGCUGCUGUUGCUGCCACUGCUGAGCAUCUUGCUGGUUUGCUUCCCCUUCAUCUUGUCUAUGGUCAGGCCCAUGAGACUGCAAUUGAGGACUGGUUAUGGUCAGUAGGGUGCAACCCUUUCUCCAUUACAUCACAAGGUUGGCACAUUUCACAGUUCCAGUCUGAUUCAAUUGCUCGGAGUUAUGUCAUCACUACCCUUGAAGAAUCAAUACAAAUGGUUAAUUCUGCCAUUCAUCUUCUCCUAAUGGAGCGUACUACUGAAAAAACAUUCAGGAUCUUCCAUUCCCAGGAGCAUGAGCUUGUUAACAAGUACAAUUAUGUUGUUAGCCUUUGGAAAAGGGUAUCAACUGUCACUGGAGAAUUGCGUUAUGUUGAUUCGUUGAGGCUACUAAACACCUUGGAGGAUGCAUCCAAAAGGUUUGUUGAUCAAGUUAAUGCGACUCUUGCCCUUCUCCAUCCAAUUAACUGCACAAGAGAGAGAAAAAUACAUUUGGUGUUUGAUAUGACAACGGUUCCAGCUUUAUUGAUUGUUCUAGGGUGCCUCUAUAUGGUGUUGAGACCAAGGCGACCAAAACCAAAGAUUAAUUGAGGCUUCAAGCUACCAUCACUAAUUUGAACUAUUACAAGGAUUUUCCAUGAUAUGACAAGUUCAAGUUUGGUGGUAAAAAUUUACAAUCAUUUUUAUGAUAGUAGUGCAUAAAUUUGUACGAUUUCAAAGUUUUGCGGGUUAUGGACAAUACGUCAAACUUUUCAUAUGUGCAAAUUGUGCUCUUUAAAGCUUGUAAUUUGUUAGUUUCUCUCAGCCCGUUAUUCUCA